GGGAAGGGCGGGGGAGGAUUGGAUGGGUCACACACCACCACUAAAUACUUGAUGACACUAUUAAUAUUUGCAAUUUUUCUAUUUAGAUCGUUUUUUUUUAUUAUGUUUCUUUUUUUAGGGUAUGGCGAAGCGGGCAAAUAUUUAUUGUGGCUUUCCCCCUUUUUUUUGAGAGGAAACGAAAAGAGGACAAGGGGGGGAACAAAGGAGGGAAAGAAAGGAAAGAAGUAAAGAAGAGCACCUUGGGGAGUUUUUCUUAUAUAUGGCAAACAGGCUAUUCUAUCCAACAAAACUCUUCUAGGGGAGGUUCUACCUUUAUCCCUAAAAAGGGUCAAAAAUCUUCAUCUAAUGUCCCCAACAAUGCCCCCCCACAAAAUUCUUCAAGGAACAGGAGUACAAAGCCCAAACGAGCUCUAUCUGAUAAGGACGAUAAUACCACAAAAAAACGGCUAGUCCAAGAGUCUGGAUCUGUCAAUGCUCCAAUCAAUAGUGAGAGAUCCAAUAAACUAAGCAAUUAUCAAGCCCAGACCACCGGUUUGUUUCCGAUGUUCUCGGCUUCGCAACAAUUGAACACACAAUUAACUCAUGAAGGACUAAGACCAACAAUUACUGAAACCACCGGUAUGGGUUUUUUACCCCAAGUCCUGCCAACAUCACAGGGCACGUAAACUUACCUAACGAGUCCUGUGAUCACGCUGUGUCGAACACAGGUCUCGAUAUAAUCAAGCUUUCAAGCUACCAGCUUUCCAAUGAUGAGAGGAUCCUACUGACGAGAGGCUUAACCUUCUGCCCCCAGGCACCCCUAGAUACUUUUGAGCUUACUAAGGAUAUUCACCUGUUUGCCAGGAAACUGCUUCUUAAGAGCCUAUACUCCAAACCAAAAAAAAGAAAUCUCUUAUGCUAGUACUCAACGACAUAAUGAUGAUAUUGAUUUACUUUUAUCGUUAUGCGAUGAGGUGGACCUGGUAGACUCCAGUGGCCUAUCGGACUUAGAAGAUCUGAUGUCCGAAUUCACUCCAACUAUACCACCUGAACCACUACGGAAUACAUUAAAAAAUAAAUCCGAUAAGUUCCCCCCUUUACAAAUGAAUUCCAAUCUAGCUGCCUUUGUGGCUCUUACCACGGCUGAGAUUAAGAAAUUACACAAAUCCCGUAAUGCUGGACGUAUGACUUACCAACCUAAUGAGGCACUUGAAAAAUUAAAAGAUUGUCACCAGCUUACCAUUAAGCCUUCUGACAAAGGAGGGAAUAUUGUGAUUCAAACCAAUGAUCAGUACAGGAGUAUGUGUCUAAAGAUUCUUUCCAAUAAGGAUUGGUACAUUCCCAUCCCAAAAUCUACUAUCAUCAGAUACGAAACCGAGUUUUAUGCUCUGGUGGAUGGAGCGUUCUCUCAGGGCGUAAUUAAUCAAGACACGUGGGAAUUUAUCCGUAUUAAAUACCCGAAAAUUCCAACAUUUUACUGUUUACCCAAGGUCCAUAAGGACAUUGUUAACCCACCAGGACGACCCAUUGUAUCUGGCAAUGGCGCCCUAACUGAGAAUCUCAGUAUGUGGGUUGAUUCCCACCUCAAACCCUUUGUACUGCACCUCCCAUCCUAUAUUAAGGAUACCAUCCACCUCUUACAAAAAGUCCAGCAUUUCAAAGUAUCCCCAGGAGCACUACUGGUAGCGAUCGAUGUGGAGGCUCUUUAUAGCUCAAUCCCACAUUCUUUGGGAUUAUCUGCUAUAAAGAACACUCUCCUCCCAAUUUUUCGGGGAGAUCGUAGGCUCGGAGAAUUUCUUAUCAUGGCACUGGAAUUUAUACUUUAUCAUGGCGUUUUUUCUUUUGAUGGCUCCCACUUCCUCCAGGUGCAGGGGGUUGCGAUGGGGACUUCGUGUGCCCCAUCGUAUGCCAACCUGUACCUGGGGGAGUGGGAGAAGUUAUUUUUGACCAGUACCCCUGUACAACCCCUCAUUCAUCUUGUAUCUGGAUGGCACCGAUACAUAGAUGUUCUUAUGAUCUGGGAGGGUUCAAUUCCAGAGCUUGAGCGGUUCAUGACUAUCAUGAACUGCAAUGAUUUUAACCUUAAAUUCACUAUGAAUUUUAGUAGCUCUCGGAUUGCUUUUCUCGAUGUCACCCUGCUAAAGAGCCCUGAUGGGACCCUAUCAACGGGACUCUUCAGAAAACCCAUAGCGGGUAACACCAUAUUACACGCCACCAGUGCCCACCCCUCUCCACUAAUAAAAUCAAUACCAUAUAGCCAAUACCUGCGCCUCAAGCGAAAUUGUUCGACGCAAGAAGAUUUUCUUCUAGAGGCGGCAGGACUAAGAGAUAGGCUACUACUUAGAGGCUAUUCCAAGAAAAACUUAAAAAGAUCCUUUCAACGUGCUAAUGGGCACCUUCGGUCACUCCUUUUGACUCAGACAGGAAAGAAAUCCUCCGAUAACAAUGAGGCUGUUAGGAUAAUUACAAAAUACCACUCCCAACAUCAACUAACUAGAGACAUUUUGAAACAAUUUUGGCAUCUGCUUUUGAUCGAUCCCCAAUUAGGACCUUUCGUACCAAAGGAACCUGCGAUUACAUAUCGCCGAGCUCAGUCACUCAGGGACCACCUUGUGACCAGUGAGUUUAAAGGCACCUUUAGGUGUGACCCAUGCAAGAGGAAAGGCACCUUCACUUGUGGAGGAUGCUCCAUUUGCCGGUAUAUUAACUCCGGUCGGCAAAUUGUUCUACCCAAUGGCCAACUCCAUAAACCCAGACACUACGCCAAUUGCAAAACCGUUGGCGUAGUGUAUUUGCUAACUUGCCAUUGCAAGAGGUUUUAUGUGGGUAAGACCAAACUACCCUUCCAUAAACGGGCAUCCCGUCACCUGCAUGCCAUGCGUACGGCCAAUCCUGAUUUACCCCUUGGGCGUCAUAUUCUGACCGAACACGAUGGACACUUUCUGGGGGUCAAAUUUUUGAUCCUUGAUAGAGUCCAUCCUAACCCCAGAGGGGGGGAUUGGAACAAAAUCCUCUUACAGCUCGAAACCCGUUGGAUCGCUGAGCUAGAGGCCAAUCACCCUCCUGGUCUUAACGAGCAGAUCAGUUUUAGGCCCUUUUUGGAGGGCUUUUCAUCUGGGGGGUGCGAGAAAGAUUGAUACGAUACUGUGUUGUUUGGUAUUUUUGCCUUUUUCUGUUUGCCUUUUGUAUUUCAUGUUUCUUGUCCAAUUGACUUCUUUGUUUUCAUCGUUGUGUAAACAUUGAUGAUUUAUGUAAUCAUUAUUAUGUCCCUGUAUCCCCUGCACAUUCCCCUUUUUAGGGACUUCCCACAGGCUCAGAAUUGUUGUCCGUGCGGUGUUUGUUUCACUAUUAUAGCUGGGCGCACGUAAGCCGUCCCCCUUUUGAGGGACGGCUUCCCCACACCUGGUCCCUUCGCACCUUUCAGGUGUCGUUUGACCUAGGGUCUAUACCUGCGCCCAUAACAGGGAUUUGUAAACUGCAGGGGUUUCAUUCCUUUUACCCCUGGCUUUCUUGCAUGUCCCUGGAUCUCCUUUUGGCCCUUUGUCCAUAUACUUACUACUUUAAUACCUUUACCUCGUUUGUGUCCUUGGCCUGGUAUACAUUGAACUAUGUCCCCUCCUUAUUUAAAUGGCCUUAUCAUUUUCCUAUUAUAUAUUUUAUGUCUGGUGUCCUUCCCAGCAGUUUUUUUUUUUUUUUUUUGCCGUUUUUUACAACCAAUAAUCAUUUCCCAGUUUAACCUUCACUGCUGACACCUUCUCAGCAGUCUUUGUCUCCGCACCGCCCCUUCCCUCUACAUUAGCCUAUUCCCAUUUACUUCCUGUCCCACUCUCCUUUCCGUGUCAGGUGACUGACUGUCACCUGACAGGCCUUCUCAGUCUUUUCCCCAUGCUGUCUGUUUACUACUGCCCACUUCCACACUACCGGCCUAUUACGGCUCGCCUGGUCUCUCUGACCACGCCUGCCGUACCUAGGCCCGCCCCCUUACUUCCCUAUAUAAACCUCUAGCCGUCCAAACAAUGUCAGACAUUGCUGGACGGCAGAGGUUCUAGUGACAUGUCUGGUGGCUACACUGAGCGCUUGUCUCUUGUAAGUACUCCCUUACUCUGGAUCCUUUUAUUUAUCACCUUUUGCAUUGGUUCCCUCCUUCCUUAUCUAAUGCCUGUUUCUAUUGCCAUCCAUUGUAUUCACAGAUUGGAGCUCUGCUAGCUCUCUACUGACACCUCUGGCCAAAUUUAAUAUGACACAUUUCUGCUAACCUCAGGUUUUUACAUUAUCAUAUGUUACUUUGUGACUAUAUGGGCCUGAGGUCUUGCUAUAUGUGAUUCUGCACCGCCGGCUUCCUUCCUCUUAAUUUCAUCCAGAGGAGUCAUUCUGCGUCCUGAUAGUGGUGUCCUUUCUCUGGGGUGUGCAGGGUUGAUUAAGCGCUGUGAUUGGUAUGUGUGUGUUUUUAUCUGCACCUUUUGAUGUAUUUAUUGCCAUUUUUCUAUUUUGUAACACUUGCAACAUAAAUGCUUUCUUUGUUUUUUAGAAAAGUGGUUCUUAUACUCGUUGACUACAUAUACUUCGGGCCCCUGAUGAAGGGUAAUCCGAAACGCGUAGGGCCGUGUAUGUCUUCAUGGACCUUGCUUUUCAAUGACA